AUGGCUGCGCAGGCCAAGCCUCGCAAGCGCAUAGUGCCCCAGUUGGUUCAGAGCCCUCUCGAGCGGGAUGCCGACGUCGAGGGCACUGCAGGGGCGCUGCCCACUUUGCCGGAAGCCCCGCAGCAGCUCCUGCAGCAAGAGGCUCAGCGCUCACAAUCGGAGUGGGCGCGAGAGCACCUGGGCCCUGAACGCAAGGUUUUCCUGGAUCUGACAGACGCCUCCAACCAGGAGGUGGACUGGCGGCAGAUACUCAAAGAAAGAGGGGUGCAGAAGCCCAGCAAGGCAGCCAAGCAGGCCGAGAAUGGCGGCAGCGACGACCCGCUGCUGCUGCGGGGGCGCAGCGCGCGGCAGGAGAACACCUGGACGCGCAUGCUGGCCAAGCUGGAGGCCACCUACUGCGUUGGGGCGCUGUCUGAUGCUGACGAGGAUGAGGAUGAGGUGGAUGAGGAGGCCAGCGACAGCGGCAGCGACACGGAAGAGGAGGGGGAGGAGGGCGGCGGCAAGGCCUCGGACGGCGGCGAGGAGGGCGGGGCCGAGGGCGGAGCGGGCGGCGAGGGUGGCGCGGGCGGCGAGGGCGGCGGCGCGGGCGACAAGGGGAGGAAGGGGAAGCGUGGGGAGCGGGGGCAGGACUAUGAUUACAUGGAUGAGUGGAUUGACGACCAGGAAUUCAUCGAGUUUGUGCAGCAUGACAAGCGCAAGCCCAAGCACACAGGCUUCUUCAUCAGCAGGGGCGAGAUUGAGCGCACCGAGGAGAUGCUGCCGGGCUUUGAGGAUUUGGACAAGGAGAAGGGCAAGAAGGGCGGCGGUGGUGGAAAGCGCAAGGCGGAGGAGGAUGUGGCGGGGGCAGAGGGAGCCUUGCCUGCCAAGGAGGCCAAGGCAGCAGGGGAGAAGAAGAAGCGGAAGCAGGAUGGGGCGGACAGCGAGGGUGGCGAGGGCGCCGACAAGCCAGCCAAGAAGAAGAAGAAGAUUGUGCCAGAGGCGGUGGGAGGCGCUGCAGCAGCGGCAGUAUCGCUGCCCGGGGCCAAGCUGUCCAUUGCGGAGCAGGCUCGGCUGGCUGGACAGAUGGCGGCGGGAGGCGUGGCACCUGCAGCCGCGGCAGCCUCUGGCGGCGGCGGCCUGCUGUCGCAGCGCUCGGGCUCGCAGCCGCCGGCAUCUGCCAAGAAGAAGGCGCCCUACGAGAUGCCCGCUGAGGUGGCGGCUGGCAUCGCCCACAUCAGGUCCAUUGCUGCGCAGCAGCCGGCGCCUGCGCCCGUGCCGCCGGCGGGCGAGGGGGAGGAGGGCAAGAAGCAGCGGCGGUCGCUGCCCAAGGCCAUCAAGGCGGCGCUGGAGGCCUUCUCCCCGCUCUACCUGCAGCAGAGCGAGGCGUUUGGCUUGCCCGCCUCCACCCGCAUUGUCAGCGAGCUGCUGUCCUUCCUGAGCCCCUUUGCAUCGCGCACCAGCCUGAAGGCGUACCUGAGUACCGCCACAAAGGAGAAGAAGGGCAAGGAAGGCAAGGCUGUGAGCGAGGAGCAGCUGAGGCAGCUGAUAGCCGCCAAGGUCACGGCAGUGCCAGUGGGCUCCGACGACGACUUUGAGGCGCCGCCGCCGCGCAGCAGCAGCAGCACCUCCCCGCCCAUCCCAGGGGCCGACGCAGCAUCCGGUGGCGCGCCGGGCGCGCAGCAGCCGGCGGGGGCGGCGGCGGCGGCAGCCAAGCCGCUGUGGAAGGCGCUGGACCGCAGCGUGCAGCACAGCGUGUACCUCUACCUGAAGGGGAGGCUGCAGGUGCGUGCUUGGAUCGGCGAUGUGGCGGCCAUGUAUGCUUUGGGCGAGCGCAAGGAGCAGCGUGCAAAGCAGAUUGCCAGCAGCGAGGCGGCGGUGCUGGCCGCCGCGGCGGCGCAGGCCGGGCAGCCCAGUGGGCCGGCAGCAGCGGGCGGCGCAGCGGCGGUGGCAGCAGUGGCUGGAGCUGCCGCUGCUGGCGCGGACCAGGCGCAGCCUGCGGCUGCGCCAGGGCACCCACCCCUGCAGCAGCAGCAGCAGCAGCCGGAGCAGCAGCAGGCGGCGUUGCCGCUCCAGGCCACUGCACGGCCCGCCCCGCAGCUCAGUCCGGCCGAGGCCUUUGCAGCGCUGGCUGUGGCGCAGGCCGUGCAGAAGUUUGCCUCCCCUGCCAAGCAAGGCGAGGGUGGCAGCCGGCUGCCCAGUGCGGCCCCAAGCCCGUGCCUGGCUCCCACAACCUCGCAGCAGGCGGCGGUGGCUGCCGCGGCCGCCGCCGCCGCGCAGGCGGCACUAGCGGACGCGGCGGCCGGCACGGCGGCGCCGCCGCCGCCCGCCCAGCCGCCAGCGCCGCCCCUGGUGUGCAAGAUCAGCGACGAGGAGUGUGUGGCCCGCGCUGUGGGCUUUGGGGCGGACGAGCGGGCGAUGCAGGAGGUGCUGGCUUCCAGCAAGAACAGCAAGUACUCGUCUGCCUAUGCCCGGGCGCUGAUGCUUGCGGGGCCCGAGGGGCUGACGACGGCAGAGGUGGCACGCCAAGCGGUGGAGCUGGGCUGGGAGGCGUGGGAGGUGGACAAGGCCAGAGCCCAGCUGAACCGCGCCACCCAGCGGCCCUUCAUUGCCCACCUCGGCAACAAGCGCUUUGCACUGCUGGGCAUGCCCGGCGUGCAGGACGUGGCGAGGCCCACCAAAGCCAAGCAGUCGGGUUCGGCCCCUUCCACCGCCCCGGCCGAGUCCCCACCAGAGAGCGCCCCGAUGGCGGCGCCCGCGCCAGCAGAGGCAGACCCCACCAGCUGA